UUGGGACUGAUGGAAAAGAGAAUCAGAGGAGGGGGAAAAAAAGACGGGAUGCUGUGGUCGGGGGUCGAUGGGAAGCAUGUUGUGUAAAAAGAGAAGGAGACAGUGUGUGGCUAAAGGUGAACCGAGAGAGAGCGAGAGAGAGAGAGAGAGAGAGAGAGAGAGGGGAAAUGGACAGGAGGAGAAGAGGUAUCAGAUGAGCCCGUGCAGCAGGUUGCAGUUAUCCUCACCAUGAUGCAAUCUGCGUGGGGCGGUGAUGACGAUCGGCCAUGAUGAUGAGGAUGAUUAUGAUAAUGACACACACACACACACAUGCACACACACACACACACACUCCGAUGCGCAUGCACGCACACCCGCGAGCGCGCGCGGCAGUUGGCAGGGCCGUCCGUUUGCAUCAGCUGGCCGUAUAUGAACGUACAGAAGGCCUGCAUGGGCAUAUCAACAGAUAAUUCCUAUUUAAUCCCAUCAGUUAUCCGUUGUAGUAGAGUUACUCAGUCUAUCUUUAAGUCCAAGCUGGCUCCCUCUCUCUCCCUCUCUUAUCUCUUUUGUCUCCCUUCUCUCCGCUCUCCAGCCCAGAAGCUGCGUGUGGAGCAUGAUACAUGAGCGCGGUGCAUGUGUGUGUGUGUGUAUGAGCUGACCUGUGUUUGCAUGCUGCAACCACAAUAAGAAAAGGGGGUGACAAACAAAAAAAAAAAAGUGCAAUAUAAGCCCAGAAGCGUGCCAGGAGAGCGGGGUAAAGAGCCUUGGAAACCUCCAGAGUGUUGUCUGUGUUGGAGUGGAGAGUGGAGAGUGGAGAGUGGAAGGAAAAACCCUGCAGGCCCCGAACACUGGCAUGAUCCGAGGACGCGAGGUGGUCGCUCCAGUAAACAGUAGUCAGUCAGAGGUGACGGUGAGGCCCCUUGAUCCUAACAGGCAGGUUACACUCCAGUAUGCCGGUGGUGUGUUAAGGAUGGAGGACUCAAGUUUGUGCCUUGGUGUGUCGUCAGCAGUGCCUGACGCUGACGCCCAUCUGAGCAGUGCGGUGUUAAAUGGCCGCUACCCCAUCAGCCAAAAGCUCCACCAGCUCACUGCCCAGCUAGGACACGCCUUUCCUGACCUACACCGCCCCCAACAGAUCCCCGAAGAAAAGGCUGCCACUCCUCUAGACGAGAAGACCCAUCACGCAGCCCUGGCCAGCCAACCUAUUAGCAGCCAGAUGGCCCUAUUAGCCAAUCAGCUCAACCGAGACAUUGACGCGGGGGCACUAAGUGGGUUGAACGGGCGUGUCGACCUGCAGCAGUUCCUCAAUGGCCAGAACCUGGGCAUCAUGUCCCAGAUGAAUGAUAUAGAAGAUGAUGCCCGCAAGAACAGAAAGUAUCCCUGCCCGCUGUGUGGCAAACGUUUCCGUUUUAACAGCAUCCUGUCAUUGCACAUGCGCACACACACAGGAGAGAAACCCUUCAAGUGUCCCUACUGUGACCACCGAGCAGCCCAGAAGGGCAACUUAAAGAUCCACCUCCGCACCCACAAGCUGGGGAACCUGGGUAAGGGGCGUGGUCGUGUCCGGGAAGAAAACAGGCUGUUGCAUGAGCUAGAGGAGAGGGCCAUCCUGAGGGACAAGCAGAUGAGAGGCAGUGGAGGUCUUCUCCAGACAGCCCAAGCCUUACACCAGCCCCCUUUGAGCCUCAACAGCAGCACCAACCCCCAUCAGCAGCAGCAGCCAGGCUCCGCCUGUGGCCUCCUCACCCCUUCAGGCCUCGGCACUCCCGACUCCUUGUCCCAGCCCUCUUCUUCACCCAAGCCAGGUGGCACCCAGGAUGAACAGUCCCUCAACACAGCCACAGGCUUCCGCUGCACCUUUUGCAAAGGGAAGUUCAAGAAACGUGAGGAGUUGGACCGCCACAUUCGUAUCCUCCACAAGCCCUACAAAUGCACUCUGUGCGAGUUUGCUGCUUCGCAGGAGGAGGAGCUGAUAAGUCAUGUGGAGAAGGCCCACAUCACAGCCGAAACCACACAGGGCACAGGUGCUGGUGGCGCCAGUGGAGAAAAGAUGGCCAAUGAGUUCCGAUGUGAGGUGUGCGGCCAGGUUUUCAGCCAAGCCUGGUUUCUCAAGGGCCAUAUGCGCAAGCACAAGGACUCCUUUGAGCAUUGCUGCCAAAUCUGUGGCCGCCGCUUCAAGGAACCCUGGUUCCUCAAGAACCACAUGAAGGUGCAUCUCAACAAAUUGGCCAUCAAGAGCAAGCCACCCCAACCCAGUGAGCAGGACCUGGCUGCCGUCAACAGCAUGAGUAGCCUGGCCCAGGAGGCUCAUGCCAAUCUCUAUUCCCGCUACAUCUCCUGUCUGCAGGGAGGCUUCCUCUCACCAGACAAACAGGGCCUGAGCGAGCAGCACCAGAUGUUGGCUAAAGCAGGGAUAGCCAUGAAGGAGAAGGAAAUGUUGGGGAAGCUACUUGGACCCAUGGCUGCAGGCAUGGGCCAUGGGCUGGGUGAGAAUGAGAAGCGCUCUCUCUUGGGUUGCCUCAAUCUAGUGCCACCCCUCAAAUCCAGCUGCAUGGAGCGCCUUCAGGCAGCCGCCAAAGUGGCAGAGAUGGAUCCCCUGAACAGCUACCAGGCCUGGCAGAUUAUGGCUCGUGGCAUGGCUAUGGACCGAGCUUUCAUGCCCAAGGAGCAACAGCAACAGCAGCACCAUAUGUCCCAUGGGCAGGAAGAUGAGAUGGCUGGUGGUGGAAGUGCUGGUGCUGGGGUCAUGGCCUCUUUCUCUAAAGAGAAACAUGACUAUUCCUUGAUGGCUUCCACUGAGAGUUCCAAGCAGAAGCAGCUGUCCGAGGCCCUGCAGGGAUCCAAGGCUGCCAGUGGUGCCAUGAUGUCCUUGAAGGAGGAUGGAGGAGGUUAUGACAGUCACCGUGACUUCAUCUCUCAUCACGGCGGCGCUGGAGCUGCUGGAGGCCUGGCCGGAUUAGGAAGCCCCGGCCUCGAUUAUGGCCUCGCCAACUUGAAGGACAAGCCUACAGAGUGUCCUGACUGCGGCCGGGUCUUCAGGACCUACCACCAAAUGGUCGUCCACUCCAGAAUCCACAGCAAAGACAGGAGAGGAAUGGAGGAAAGCCUCCAGCAGCAGGGCUUGGAGGAGCGCCGUGGAUCAGCCAGCGACCCAGAGUCCCAGUCCAUCAGUCGUUCCACCACCCCCGGGUCAUCUAAUGUGACGGAGGAGAGCGGGGCCGGCGGAGGGCACUCCCAGACUGGUAGCAUCCAGGAUGACAGCCCACACCCCUCCUCACCAUCCUCAGAUGUUGGGGAGGACCUGGGGAAGGCAGCGGGGAGCGUUCAGCCGUCUCUGUCCCAGCACCGAGAGCGGAGUCUGGGCUCGUCCUCCAAGGAUUGCCCCUACUGCGGCAAGUCGUUCCGCACCUCCCAUCAUCUCAAAGUCCAUCUGCGGAUACACACAGGAGAGAAACCCUACCGAUGCCCUCAUUGUGACUAUGCUGGCACCCAGUCUGCCAGUCUGAAGUACCACCUGGAGCGCCACCACCGCGAGCGCCAGAACGGCGCCGCCACCACCGGCCCGUCCUCUGGCCACACCCCCUCCGCCGAGCACAAAGAGGAUCAUGGGAAGACAGCCAGUGGUGGUAUCUUUGCUCGCCCUGAUGUCCUCCGCAAUGUUUUCAAGGGGAUGCCUCCGAACCUGGACUUCAGGGGAGGUCCGCUGCUGCCGCACCAGUGGGCGUCGCCCGGCAUGAUGUCUCCACGUGACCGAGAUCGUGACAGGGAACGCGCGGACCGCCAUUUUGAUUCCGCUUCCUCGGCUGAGAACAUGAAGACCUCCGCCGACGGGCCGUCUUCCCUGGUCUCGACAACAACAGACAGCCCCGCCAGCUUUUCUGACCUGGGCAGGGCCUACCAAAGCAUGAUGGGAAACGGGGUCCACUUUCAAGGUUCUCUCCAGGCCUUCAUGGACAGCUUUGUGCUCAACUCCAUGAAGAAGGAAAUGAAAGACAGCCAGAGUCCAGUCCAGCUCCACAGCCAGCGCUACUAUGACAGCGGCGAGCCCAAAGCCAAGCGGGCCGCCUCGGCUGAUCCAGAUAGAGAGGAGAGGGCUGAAACCAAGAAAAAUUCAGAGUCAGGCAAGCCCGGAUCCCAGUAUGAGCCGCUGGACCUGUCUGUGUCUGUCCGGCCUGAGUCUGCGUCGGGUUCUCUCCCCGGCUCCUCAGUCACCAUCCAGGAUAACGUGGCCUGGCAUGGCUGCCUCUUCUGCUCCUUCUCCACUGCCUCUCUGGAGCUCAUGGCUCUGCACCUCCAGGCCAACCACCUGGGGAAAGCCCAGCAGCAGCGUUCUGACACCGGGAAAGAGCUCCAUGGAGAGGCGUCCACCACCUCCUCUCAUCAUUCCUCGAGCACCAAAACCUCCGGCCUGACCCUCGACAGAGACGGAGAAAGAGACGGAGAGAAGAGCCAGGGAGGCUGGAACAACCACAUGGACCCUCCCCACAACCCCUUUCAGAAUGAGUUCUACAGGCAGUUCGGAGGGCUGUACGAUGGAUCCCCAAGGGCCAACCAGGGCCUCCAGGGGUACGGAGCUCCAGCAGACCAGGUGUUAGACCUGCCGAACCAGGCUUUGGGAGAAGCGUCUUCAGCUGGGGAUGACCAGACGUCUGAUAGGGGCUCCUGUGGAGAGGUGGAGGAGGACCAGGGGGGAUCCGAUGAUGAGGUUGUAAAAGCCGGAGAGUGCAGUGCCAGCGAGACCCCUUCAACUACCCCCAAGAGACAGCAGCGCCCGAAUCACUCCGAUGAAGAAGAAGAGGAGGAAGGAGUGCCCGAAGAGGAGGAGGAGCGAGAGGAGGACAGACAGAUGGACAUGGAGCGGGAGACUGAAGAAAGUCCAACCUCUGAUCUCCUCCAGAACCACCCGAAACAGCUCCAAGGUGACUCCUCUCCACCUCCACCCCAGAUGAGUGGAGCUGGUUUGGCUGGAUCGUCCUCCACCAUGACCCCACUCUCUCUGGUUCCCCAACCCCAGAGCCAACCCUUGUCCCUGGAGAAGCAGUGGCAGCAGGGCCUGGGCCUCCUGUCGUCCUCCGGAGGUCCUCCAGGGCUGCUGAAGGCCGAGCCGCAGAGCCACCUGGAGCAGCAGAUGAACAUGAACAUGCUGUCUGUCCUCCGAGCCUACAGCAACGACAACCUCGCCGCCUACAACGGCCUGGGAGGUGGAGCUGGAGGAGCACCCAUGGGGGGCAUGAAGAGGCCAGAUGCACCCGUGCAUCUGUGGGUAGGAGAGGAGGACCAGCCCAUGACCCAUGACCCCGCGCUGACCCACGACCCCAACCACCCUAACAACGACCUUAACCACCCUAACAACCAUAACCUAGGCGACCCCGAGGGGCUGGACGCCCGCGCUCUAAACAGAGACUAACAGCCUGCGCCGGAGCAAGGCAGGAUGAUGAGGAUGAGGAUGAUGAAGGCGAUGAUGAGGAGGAGGAGGAGGAGGAGGAGGAGGAGCAGGAGGAGGAUAAAGGAUGAAGGAUAAAUGAUGAAGGAAUACACUAUAACAAAGACUUUAUUUAAGAUGACAAAAAAAAAAUGCAUACUACCGUCAGAUUCAAGAGAAGCGGUGAACAAUGUGAAGGAACGUUCGGGACAGUUUCCCUCGGGGACGGAUUUGCGAGACGGACCCAAAUGUCUUUUGGGCAGCGGGUCCGUGGACACUAAACAAAGUGAUGGCAACUUCCCUGUCGUGUCUCCUGUGGUCCGAAUGCCCCUGUCUUUGUUGUCUUUUCUCUUUGAUCUGAUUUCUUUUUUCCUUUUUUCCUUUUUUUUUUUUGCCACAAAACUACCUGUCCGAUCGCACUCCUUGCCCCUGCUCCCACGAUCUCUGAUACAUUCCUCGACCUAGAACGUUGUUUUUUCUUUGUUUGUUUGUUUGUUUGUUUGUUUUUUAAUUAGGACUGAGCUCUAGUACUUAAUCACACGCUUACCCGCUGUUGAGGACUCUUCCUUUCUGUUCGAACGAAGUCAGAAGAAGACACUUAAUGUCGCGACUCCAUGGACGACCGUUAUCUUGUACCUGGAAUGUAUUCUACUGUAGAAUAGAUUAAAGAGAGAAAACAAAAACAAAACAAAACAAAACAAAACAAAAAAAAACUCGACUGGACUGUUGACAGAGACCAAGCACACUUUACUGUCAGGGCCGGAGCGCCGCCACUUUCAGCGCUCCGCUCGGCUGUCGAGGAGUUCCUAUCGUGUCACAUGGCCACGUAUCACAUGAAGGAUGACAAAUGUAAAACUAGUUAUGGCAAGACAUGACAAUCUUACAAAGUUUUGUUUGCAGAAACGAGCAUGUUGUUAUAGUCGGUAGGCGAAGCGUGCACACAGAUGAUGAUGAUGAUGAUGAUGUUGCCGUUGAUGAAUAUGGAGAAAUAUCUUCAAACUGCCCUACAUGUUGUCGACGACAUCACCUCUCCAUAACGAGACGUACGGCCCUCACAAUGCUACACGGCCACCUUUGUUUUAAAUUCUUGUUCUGUGUCAUUCAACACAGCGCCCAUAGACGCUUAAUGUACAUAGAGAGAUAUACAGUAGUAAAAAAAAUAAAACAAACACACACACACACACACAUAUACAUGUACACACAUACACACGUGCACACACACACAGACAAAAGAAAAAAAAAAAAACAAACGUGAAAAUGAAGUUUUAAAAAUGUUUGUGAGAAGCAAAAAGCAAAGAAGUGACAGUAGUUUACACGGCCACAUCCCGAAUAGGUAGGCAUUCUUCUAGAGUUUGACAGAGAAGUUAAAAUAAAUGAAUAAAUAAAUAAAUAACUUAAAAAAAAA